UCCUAUUAUCAUUCUUUCUUCUCUUCUCUUCUCUCUCCCACUCUUUUAUUUUAUUAAUUAAUAAUUUCUUUCAUGCAUGGAAUUCUCCUCACUCCAACAGCAAUGAAAAACACUCUUGCCUCGCUAGUUGCUUUCUUCGAUUCUUCUUCCUCAUCACCUCUGUCACCAACCCAUUUCUUCAAAUUUUGAUUUUUGUUUGUUUGUUUGUCGCUGUAUGGGGAUUAAGAUCAAUUUUCCGGCAUUUUUUGUUUGGGUUUUUUUGGGAGUACUACUUGGGGAAACGGAAAUCAAGGGGUCUCUCCCUUUUUGUGGGUCGGAUCUUGUACUCAUAGACCUGUCACGUAUCUGAUCGUCCCUGGUGAAAAAGCAAGAAACUUCCUGAUCUGUUUCUUUGUUUCUGAACUUGAUCUACAAUUUUGUCCCUUUAACUGCCCGGCUGCCGCGUCGUUUUCACAACACUUGGGAGGGAUACAUGAUCAUCGUGGAACACGCUGAAGAUUCAAGGUAACUGGUAGACUAUAGUUUUCUGGGUAUAUAUAUUUUGUUUGAGAUAUUUCAGAUCAGCUUUCAUGGAGGAAAAGAAGUUCGUGUGCAAGUAUUGCAACAAGAAGUACCCAUCUGGGAAGUCUCUGGGUGGACACAUCAAGACUCACAUGACUACUGAACAUUCUUCAUCUCAAUCCAAGAAAGGUAGAACGAAUGCCGAUGAUAGUGUCGUCAAGUUCGAUGAUGGAAGGAAGAGGAAGAGAGAUUUUGGGUCUGAAGAAGCUGCUUCCGAAAAUCCAAUUUUUGGUCUUCGAGAGAAUCCCAAGAAAACAACGAGGUUCGUACAUUCCAACAACGCUGCUUCACAACAAGAGAGGUUCUGCAAAGAAUGUGGGAAAGGCUUUCUGUCUCUGAAAGCUCUCUGCGGCCACAUGGCUUGUCAUUCGGAGAAAGAUAAAGGGACGACGAACAAGUUUCAGAACAAUUCUGGGCCUGGGUUUGGAAUGAAGCAGAAAUUGGUGGUGGAUAGUCAAUCGGAUACUGAGACAUCUGCUCCAAAUCACCCCAGGAGAUCCAGAAGAAUGAGGUUCAAGACCGUGAAUACUGAUAAAAAUGAUCAACCUUCUUUUGUUUCUUUGGCGAAUGGUUCUUCCUCUGUGUCUGAGGUGGAGCAGGAGCAAGAAGAGGUCGCAAGGUGUUUGAUGUUAUUGUCCAAAGACUCUAGCCAUAGAGGUCGUUUUGUUUUUCCAGCUGAGUCGUCGGAGAACAAUUCUGUUGUGGUAGAGGCAAAAUCACCGUCUGUGGACACUAUUCCUCUCAACAAUGGUAAAAAAAGUUGUGUGUAUAAUGGUUUUGAGAUCGUGGAGAAGGUGGUGCAGUAUAAUGACAUGAAGUUGAAGUCUGCUGAGAUUGUCGAUUCUGAUAAUUCAGAUUCUGGGUAUUUCAGAAAUGGUCACAAAAAGUUGGAUUUGGAUGUUUCAAUUGAUGGGUACCCUAGGAAUGGGGGAUUCAAGACGCCUAAAUUGGAAGUCAGAUCUGGGCGUGAGUUUUAUCAGAACUAUGACGCUGAAUUGAGGAAGAAGAUGCUAAUCAAGAACAGAGGAGGAACCAGAAGCAAUGAACCCAGAAAACUAAUUUUGGAGGAUGUGGACUACAAUACAACAAAAAAAGGAGCGACAAGGAAAGAGUUCAUCAAUUGGAGAAAGAGACGAUGUUAUGAUUCUCUUCGCCAAAACAAUUCAGUUGGUGUUACUUGCAAAAGGACACCAAAUGGUUUUUACAAUGAGGGGUCAUUGAACCCAGAGAGCUUAAACAGUGAAAAAAUUAUCAGUGGCUCUAAGGAUUCAGCAGACGAGAGUGAUGAAAGCAGCACAGACACUGAUGCUUCUCCUGCUCCGAGACCUCAUGGCAGCAAGGUCAUCAAUGGAAAGAAGACCAGCAAGUUCAAGAAGAAAUUGAAGUCAAAGAAAAGUAGAGACCAUGAAUGUCCUAUCUGCUACAAAAUUUUCAAGUCAGGCCAAGCGUUAGGAGGUCACAAAAGGUCUCAUUUUGUUGGAGGUUCUGAAGAGAACACAGUGGUGAUCAAACAUGGACCUCCUUUGGUUCCAUGCCUGAUUGAUCUCAAUCUACCUGCUCCUGUUGACGAUUAAGGGAAAGUAGCAUCUGGGUUCUACGCCUUUUUUUUAUUUUUAAGCUUCUGCAGCUUUGGUAGCUGAAAAUGUCCGGAAAUCUGAGAAUGUUUUUGUCAUUGUCCCAUAUGAUGGAAGCAAUGGAAAUGUACAGACAAAUGUGCAAACCCUUUUUCUUUUUGGUUAGAAAUCUCAAGGCCUCAUCCAUUAUAUCUGGUAGGUGGUAGCUGGCUGUUUCUUUCGUAUUCAUAUGGAACAUGACAAGUUGUUAGUUGAAACUUUUGUUUCUUAAUUCCACCACUCUUUGAUCCAAUUAAUUUAAGGAUGUUUGUGUCC